AAAAACCUGAUGUUUCCCUCUUUUUCUGCAACUUUAAUGAAACUUUAAUAAUUAUACAAGUGGAGUCUGCUCUUUUAUUACUUUUGCUGCUCUUCGCGUGUAAAAGUGAUACGAAAAAGUUAUACACCUAUACAGUAUUGCACUUGUAUGUCUUGUGCGAGUUAUCGGUUAUCAAAUUUAUUAUAUUUAAGAAAAAAUAGACAUUCGAAAAUGUCACCGCGUAAUUGAUUUUUCGGUAGAGUUAAUGUUUCCCCUCCAGCGCUGUACGCACGUUGUACUGGAAAUUUUUUGCGCAAACAGAGCACCUCACAUAAUACCUAUAAACAGAUACAGGUACAAAAAAGGGUACAUGUACCUCGGUACUUUACUUCGCUGACUAUUGGUUAUUCUUCUCGGACGGUUGCAACUACUCAAUUGUUACAUAACUGCAAACAUUUAUCGGAACAAAUAACCCGUUGAAAAAGAUAUUCACCUUUAACGGCUCUGCAGUACCGCUUUUACGGAAAUCUGAAUUUUCGGAAAUUGCGAUAAAUUGGGACAAGCUCGAUAUUAUAAAUUGCCCAACGUCGAUCGUUGUGGAUUUGUAUAGUUAUUGUUUUCGCUGACAACGAGACGCAUCUCUCGCACAGAAAAAUAUAUCGAUAGGGCCACACAUUGCGAGCGAUAUAGUACAAACGGCGUAGCGGAGACUAUAUUACAAAUAAUUGAAGGGUGUAUGUAUAGGCGAGGGUAUACGUGUAUCCGUUAUGUAACGAGGCGGGUAUUAUAUUAUGUAUUGAGUUUGCGCGGAGAUGUUGGUUUCGCUCGCCAGCUAUAUACCGACUCAGUACGUCACGAGAGAGUUAUAGCGACGCGUCUGCUGGGUUGCAUUUCUUAUACAUAUUACCAUUUGUUAUUCGAGGGUGAGCUUGAAGAAUUGACCGGAGUGUUGGCCACUACCGGAGGGGGAGCUUUGACGCUCGGGGGACGCCACAGGCCGGAAGAGUUGACUACGCUGGCUGCAACCACUCGGUUUUCACGCAAGGAAAUCCAGCUCAUCUACAGAGGAUUCAAGCAAGAGUGUCCUUCCGGUCUCGUGGACGAGGAAGCCUUCAAACAGAUCUUUUCCCAAUUCUUUCCCCAAGGAGAUGCGAGUCAAUACGCGCACUAUGUAUUCAAUACGAUGAAGCGCAAACAGUCCGGUAAAAUAAGCUUUGAGGAAUUUCUAACUAUUUUAUCAAAAGUAUCCCGUGGGUCGGUCGAAGAGAAACUCCAAUGGGUAUUUGGGCUCUAUGAUCUGGAUGGUGACGGGCUGAUUAGCAAAGACGAGAUGCUGGAUGUUGUUGGUUCGAUUUAUGAAAUGCUUGGACGAUACACGCAGCCCCAAUGCGCUGAGCCUCAAUUAGCGGCCCGGGAGCACGUCGAACGUAUAUUUCACUUAAUGGAUACAAAUAAGGAUGGUGUGGUGACAAUCGAGGAAUUGGUCCAGUGGUGUUCCAAAGAUGAGCAGCUUCUUCGCAGCUUGGACACCCUAGAUACAGUAUUGUGAAAUUACAUUUUCCUGUACUAAUUUUACCGUAUGCUCAGUAACAUCGUGAUAAAGUUUUUGUCGUUCUAAAAUUUUCUGCACAAAGGUUUCCUCGUACUCUGAUUUAAAAUAAUAUUGUCGCGAUAAUUUUCAUUCCAAAGGCCCGGGAAUUCUAUUUACCGUGGCCGCAGCCUUGUUCAAAGACAAUUUAAUGCAAGAAUUACAGCAUCUAGUGUCUUUCAAAUUCCCUGAAACACACAUUCCCUCAUUUUUGCUUGGAUGCGUUUUAUUUAAAUUCAGACAGCUGAUUGUUCCCGAGAAACCGAUAAAUAUGCUGCAGAAAACUUUACGAGCCUCUCCUGUAAAUAUUUUCCUACCCAGUCUUUCAAAUGUGCAAUUGCAUAAUUCCAGUAUUAUUAUUGUUACAUAAGCAUUAAUGAAUCCAAUGUGUUAGUCACUUUUUCAAUAUUUCAGUCGACGCAGUUUUAAUAAAGUGUCAAUGAAUUCUCAACGGUUUCUUGUGAGCCCGCAUCAAUGAAAUUUGGUACGUUCAAAAAAGUCGGAUCGAUUCGACCCAUAAAAUUUGCGACUGUAACUGGCACGAGUCUGUUACCAAGUAACACCGUCUGUUGAAUACGUCUAUGCAUGUUCAGUUCGACAAGUUUGAAGGAAAAGACAUUUUAUAACAGUCUUGUGGGUUUCCAAAAUAUCUUAACUGUACCUCCACCUCCGCCUUAUGGCUGUUUGAAAACUAUGCUUAAAAAAUUAUGCUGACUGAGAUCCUAUUGCAUUUCCACGUUCAAAGGUGUUAUCAUGUCAAACACUUGAAGUUAUACGCAUUGCUACAACCGAUUUAAAAUCACGAAUGAAACGAUCACGAACAUUACAAGAAUUUUUUCAACUAUCGAUCUGAUGCAUUUUCGAUCUCCUCUUCUCUAUUGUAGACAUUGAACAGAUCUAUUUGAAGGAUUUCAUGUUAGUGUUGUAUACUGACGUCCCGGGUAUAUAAUAUAUGUUGGCGUGGUCCGUAUUUAGAGCUCGAACGAAUUUUUCAACAGACGCCUCCUAAAUCGGCUCCAAAUAAUUCAAAAUCACGUGUAUUUUCAAUGGAAAACCUCAUCCUCCUGGUGAGAGGGAUUAGAGUUGAGGUAAGAAUCUGAAAAAUUGGAGUAUUGUUUUUAAUUAUGUGGAACCGGUUUGUGGGGCGUCUGGUAAAGAAUUCGUCCAGGCCCUAAACAAAGACCACCCUGAUAUUAUACACCUAUGAUUAAACUAUUACACUGUUAUAACUUGUGAGGCACCAGUCUUGUGGAUAUAAGUAUAUGUGUUCUUGUUUUUACUACGAUUCUUGAUUCGCAUUUAGGGUUAUAGCCAUGCGUAGUUAUGAUAUAGAAGCGAACUUUAUAGGAGUGAUAGAAAUUGUCUAGAACAGUUUAGAUUUAGCACUGACCAAGCAAACCGCUCUUUCGACAGGGCCUCGUGUGAUUCUCCUGUACCUUACUACUAUUUAAAUAAUUAAUCAUAGAUAUAAUAGAGUAUAUUUAUACAUAUAUACAUAUGUGUAUAUGUACAUGUAUAUUGUACGUGUAUAAAAUUAUAUACAUGCAUAUAUAAUAUGUAUAUACACACGGUUAUUAACUUGAAAUGUAUAAUUAGGUUUAAAAAUCGUAUUUGACAAAUCCGCUCGAAUUCUAUGACAUAAAUAUAUACCUAUAUAUGUAUAUAUAUAUAUAUACGUAAAAAAUUUCAGCAAUAUUAAUUAUAUGAUUGUUACGUCAAAUUGCUUUAUACCUCGUUACGCUUCCUCGGUUAUGAAUUUACACGUAAAAUGUCUUCGGUGCAUUUACAUUGUAUUGAAAAAUACACGGAUCAACGGUGAACAUGCCAUUUUCCGUAUUUUCUAGCAUAUGGCACCGUAUAUUAUGCACAAAUCAGACGGAUAUUAUAAUUUAAAAUAUUUUCAUAAAUUUAAUAUGUUACAAAAAUGAAAUAAGUUACAUGCACAAAAAGUACAUCCGUAUAGCAGUGCCACAAAAGCAACGAAAUGUAUAAUGUGCCAUUAAUUUCUCUCUAUGAAUUCACCUAUUUGUCUUUCAACGAGAUGCAAUUCUGUUGUUAUUCGCUCAAAAGUCACAUGGUACUGUACAAUUGAUGCAGAUGAAGUGUAAGGUUGGAAUUUUUCACAUUUACUUCCGGAGGCACCAUAAUACAAAUUAUUGACUUCUGCACUGACUGAAAUACUUUACACAUUACGUAAUAUCAAGCGUUGUAAGUGUUGCCACAAUUAUAAACUUUGAGAAAUAAAUUUACCAAAUAAACAUUUCAAAGCGUUGUUGAUACUUAUGAAUUAUCCAUCGAUAAUCUAAUACUCCGAGUGCCAAUCAGUUACCGUACGUAUCAUCACUAGGCCAACUACAUUACCAUGACUUCACGAGCAGUUAUUCAUAGCUGUAUAAUCUCCAGUCUUUAAAUAAACAUAUUACUUACGGUUCACUAAUAAUAUUCUUUUCCCUGCUAUUCGAAUGUUCAAAAGUAACUUCAGGGACUUUUUAAUAUCGUAUUAUACGGCUGUAUACUUUGUAUUUGUAAAUAAAAAACAAGUUGCUAUUGUGCAUAAU